AUGUCACACAACUUCAGGUUUGUGACCAAGGGAGACAUCCAGAUGCUCAAAGGCAAGAAGUACCAAGGCAAGGUUGUUGAUGCGGAGAAGAGAAGUCUGGAAGAGAUACAACUGAAUUUGCCAACCUUCAAGAAAUCAGGGGAUGCAUUCACAGAAGACCUGAAGGCAAUGCCUCAGCAGCACCAGCCACAAGCCUUGCAGAUGCAUUCUUCAUCCAAGAAGGAAGAUGCUGUGUCUUUGGUAGAUGGCCAAAGCCCACUCUUCAUGGCCAACUUGAAAGUACCUUUGAAAGUUGGGCAUGCGGCUUAUUGCCACAAGGAUCACCCCAGCAAGAUCUUCAUCAUGGACAACAAGGAUGACACCUAUGCAUACCUGUCUUCCCAGGAUUUGGUUUCUGGGCAAAAGACAGAUUUGAAGUUGGAAGGCAAUGAGAUCAUGGAGAAGCUGAAGGCCACCAAACAGAAAGAUGGCUAUGUUAUUGAAGGUGGUGCUUUAGCCAAAACAUUUCCCAGUGUGACAUGCCAAGAUGAACUGGUGAGAGGCACAAUUUUCCAGGGUUUGUUCCAGCUGUAUGAAGAGAAGGACACUGGUGAGAAUACCAUCAAGUUUGUGAGUGUGCCUGGCAAAGGUCUCAAGGUCUUUGCCUUGCAUCCCAUCAAGAAGCAUGACUUGAUUCUGGUGCCAGUGUGUGACCAAGUGGCUGCCAUCCAGUUUUCUGAGCCAAAGAGCAAGCUUUGGGCAAGUGGCAAAUGGGAUGGCAGGAUGUUUUGGAUCCUCCCUCCCAAAAUUGCCAAGGAGCCAACAGACUCCACUUUAGUGCCAUAUUUUCAAAUGAAAGAAAUUGAGGAUGGACAAAUGGCACCAUUUCAGCUUGACUUUGGAAAGCUGAAAGUGUUAGGCUUGAGGAACACCACUGCCAUCCAGAAGCAUGAAGAGAUUGGCUUGGUGAUGGAUGCUGAUAAGCAGCCACCUGCCAAAAAGAAACGUGAGAAAUGGGCAAUCCCUGACAACAUGAUUGCAGAGAAGAUGGGCAAAGAGUGGCUCCUCCUGUUUCCUACCAACUACUCCCUUUGCAAACUUAUCCAAGGUGAGACCUUUGAUAGGAAGAAAACCUUUUUUGCAGAUGCCAAGGAUACCAACAAACCUUCAGCCAAAAGAAGAAAGACUACACCACAAGAGGACCAAGAGAUCACCCUGGACUUGCCAGAUGCUGGUGGUACCAUCAGGUGCUUGGGUGCCAAGAAGACCAGUGAAGCAUUGGCAGUAGAACUGACUGAAGCCAAUUUGGCCCAUUUGUUUUCCUUUUUACAUGGCAGUGACACCAGCCCAGAGAAGUCCAGGGCAUACCAGCCAACUGGCAAGUAUAAGGGUGUUGCUGCCAAAAGGAAAGUCAAAAAACAUGGAGAUGAUGCUGGUGAUGUGCAGGAGGGUGCUGAGUAUGAUCCCUUCACAGAAUGCCCUGACAAGGAGUUGCAAGCUGGUUUGGCUGGGCAUAUGAAAAGAGAAGCAUCUCCACCACCCUGGGCCCAUGCCAAGAGGUGCAAGCACAAGGGGCACCCACAGCAUGCUGUCACCAACAGUUUGCACCUACAGGACUACCUGGGCAACAUGGAUGCCAUGCAGCCACCAAAGACUCCACCACCCAAAAGUAUGCCAGUGGAAGGUCAUGCACCCACAGCUGCCAGUGAGCCUGGAAGCAUGCCUGUGAAAGUGGAGGCAUAUGAAGUGCAUGACAGUCCAGAAGAACAUGACCAAACCUAUGAUGAUGAAGAGGACUGGGGCAAGUGGAGACAGUCAUGGUCUGUCAGGGGUGCAAGUCAAAAAGGCCAAGAGUGGGAAACUUACUACUCAAAUGACACCAAAGAGGAAUGGCAGGAAGAUGACUGGGAUGAUAGUUGGAACUAUGGGUAUGGCUAUGACACCAAGGAAUGCAAGAAUGAUGAGCAUGAAUAUGGCACUAAUGACCAGGAGUCCAAGGAGUGGGUGACUGAUAGCUCCUAUGGCCAUGAAAAGGAAUGGAAUGCCAACAAGGGAUACAAGAAGGGCCAUGGCAAGGAGAAAGGAAAAAACAAGUUGUGGAACCCUCAGUUCAACAAGGGGUGGGAAAUGAAGGCUGCCUACCUUGUGGAAGCCUACUUGGCAGAGAACUGGGAACACAGUGCUGCACUGCUGCUCACUAUUGCUGUGAGUGGCUUGAUCAAUGCAAGAAGAGAAAGCCUCAACAAUGCUGUUACAUGUGCUGACAAAGCCAAAGAAGCAGCUUUGGUUGGCAACUUGUCCAAGAAGAUCCAGGGCAGCUUAGUGUGCUCCAUUGCUGAAGCCCAAAGCUUGUAUGACUGCUUGAAGGGCACCAACUUGGAGAAUGAUUACAAGGAUGUCUUGAGAAACAGCAUUGACACUGCCUUGGCUGCAGGGGCUACCACCAAUGCCAUGCCUGUGGCUGUGAAACCACACAAGUUGAUCCACCUUCAGAACUACCUGGCCCACUCUGAUUGGGACACCAUUGGUUCCCCUGAUGCCAGCUACAUUGCCAAGUUGAACUGUGUAGCCCAAAGGUGGAGGUCUUUGGGGAUUAGAAGCCUGCAUGAGCAGACUGCCAAGCAUGGUGUGGCAAUCCUCUUGUGCCAUGUGGCCAAACUUCCAGAUCAUACCUUGAUCAACCAGAUGGCCCAGGACUUGAAAUCAACUUUCAUGUCCACAACCUGUGAAGGCAUUGAUGCCUUGCCCUAUGUCAAGGAAUUCCCAGAGAACCACACUCAGCUGCCAAGUGAGCUUGCAGAAGCAGCUUACCAUGGCAAGAUGCCAUCACCCAAGCAGCUGGAGCAAAUCAAGCCCAUUCUGAAGCACAUUGCACUGAGGUCCACAAGCAAGCUUCUGAGGGAGAAGGCUACACAGACCCCUUCUGCAUCUAGCCAGCCAGACCAAGGGCAUGUCAGCUCUGGAAGUGGCAGCAAUGCUAUGCAGGCUGAAGCUAUGUGUGGAAUGAUGAUGCAAAUGUCCAACUUCUUCCAAUCCAUGAAAGAGCACAUGGGCUACAUGCAAGGCAAUGGGUCACAGCCAAUGGCUUCACCCACAGUCUCUAGCAGCAUCAAGCUGUCACCUGGCAAGCAGAAACAGGCUUUGGAAGACUUCCAGCCAAAGCCAAGGCAAGCUGCAUUGGCACUUGAAGACAAGCAUGCUGCCACCCAGCCACCAGAACCCCAAGUCAGGCUGCCAGUGGAAUGCCAACAGCACAAUGAUGAGCACUUGGGCACUUCAGCUGAGGACUAUGAAAAUGCUACUUUUGAUGCUUUGAAAGCCAGGGCCAGUGACAAGAAAAAGGAAAAGGGCACCAAAGCCCAGGGUAAGAAAGAUGCACAAGUGACCAAGAAGAAUGGCAAGGAGAAGAAGCCCAAAGCAAAGGCAAAAGCACCCUUGAAGAGGCCUGCUGCUGCAAUGGGACCUUCUGAGCAUGGCCAUGGCCAAGCUUCUGGCAAUGCUGGCUCCACUCAGUACAUCCUGCCUGACCUUGAGAAGCAGGAUUUGGAAGUUGCCAGGAAUGUGUAUGUGAGCAGGCACUACAGCAAGGCCAGGGUGCAUGCCAGGAUCCACUUGAAGAUGUCAGAGGAUGAUGCCAAGGAGUAUGGCAGAAAGUUUUUGAAGCAGGCAGGAGCCACUUGGGAUGCAGCCAAGAAAAGGUUUGUGACCAAGGGAGACAUCCAGAUGCUCAAAGGCAAGAAGUACCAAGGCAAGGUUGUUGAUGCGGAGAAGAGAAGUCUGGAAGAGAUACAACUGAAUUUGCCAACCUUCAAGAAAUCAGGGGAUGCAUUCACAGAAGACCUGAAGGCAAUGCCUCAGCAGCACCAGCCACAAGCCUUGCAGAUGCAUUCUUCAUCCAAGAAGGAAGAUGCUGUGUCUUUGGUAGAUGGCCAAAGCCCACUCUUCAUGGCCAACUUGAAAGUACCUUUGAAAGUUGGGCAUGCGGCUUAUUGCCACAAGGAUCACCCCAGCAAGAUCUUCAUCAUGGACAACAAGGAUGACACCUAUGCAUACCUGUCUUCCCAGGAUUUGGUUUCUGGGCAAAAGACAGAUUUGAAGUUGGAAGGCAAUGAGAUCAUGGAGAAGCUGAAGGCCACCAAACAGAAAGAUGGCUAUGUUAUUGAAGGUGGUGCUUUGGCCAAAACAUUUCCCAGUGUGACAUGCCAAGAUGAACUGGUGAGAGGCACAAUUUUCCAGGGUUUGUCCCAGCUGUAUGAAGAGAAGGACACUGAUGAGAAUACCAUCAAGUUUGUGAGUGUGCCUGGCAAAGGUCUCAAGGUCUUUGCCUUGCAUCCCAUCAAGAAGCAUGACUUGAUUCUGGUGUCAAUGUGUGACCAAGUGGCUGCCAUCCAGUUUUCUGAGCCAAAGAGCAAGCUUUGGGCAAGUGGCAAAUGGGAUGGCAGGAUGUUUUGGAUCCUCCCUCCCAAAAUUGCCAAGGGGCCAACAGACUCCACUUUAGUGCCAUAG